AGCGGCGGCGGCGGUGGCGGCGGCGGCGACAAUGUGGCCCUCCAGUACCUGUGCACCUCCGGCAGGCCGAUUUCACACCUGACCCGUAAAGAAAAUUUCUGCCCCACGCGGUCUUGUCGGAGAACGCUUUUGCGCGCUGCUGUGAUGCACCCGAUCGCCGGGCUUCGCACUGCCGCCGUAAGACAUCGCGUAUGAAGACGCCUUCUCCGUACACCUCGUUCUGACCACCUGCGGGGACCCCACACUGGCAAGAUGUGCAGCCGGAGCACCACCGGCACGGCACCGCGGCUGGCGGUCGCCGUCGCGGCGAUCCUGGCGCUCCUGGCGCACUCUACGUCCCGCGCGACGGAGCUGGACAAGAGGCAGCUGGAGCUCCUCGACAAGGCCGAAAGGAGCAAGAUGGCGCCCGAUUUGAUCGAGACUAUUCCGAGGGCCAUCUUCGAGGCGCGCUUCAAGGCGGCCCAGAUAGCCAUGGGGAACGAGUUCAGCCCGCAGCAGGCGUCCGCCCCACCGUCGGCCGUCGAGUUCCCGAGAAUCGCCGGAGGCGUGUACGCCAUCGCCAUGCUGGACCUGGACGCGCCUAGCCCGAGGGACCCCAAGUUCCGGCCCAUCCUCCACUGGCUCGUCGUCAACGUGGAGGCCGGAGACGUCAAGGCGCCCGUUAACUACAAGAAGGGGAACGAACUGUACAAGUACCGCCGCCCCAAGCCUCCGAUGGGAUCGGGUCGGCACCGGUACGUCUUCGUGGCCUACAAGCAGUACAGGACCAUCGAGUCGCCCCAGACGCUGGUCGUGCCGCAUGACAAGAGGAAGAACUUUAACAUUGGCAAGUUUGCCAAAGAAAACAACUUGGGCAGUCCCAUAGCGAUAAAUUAUUUUCUCGCCGAGCACGGAUACGUGGACGGAUACACGCCGAUGGCAUCCUGGGUGGCAGUCGUCGCCGUGGCGCUCAUCGCAUUCGUCAGCCGCGUCCUGUUGAUGUACACUGAGGUCAAAGUGCCCUCGGACGCUUCCGGCGGCGCCGUUUCAUUGGGAAAAUAGCCUGCAAUAUAGACGUGCUCUACGCAAAUUAUGUUUAAUUUAUAUAUUAAUGAAGUCGUAAAUGUUUACUCUGAUGCCUAUUAUGUUAUAUAUGCCGACGCCACCAGCGCAUUUCUUGCUGGUAAGGAUCCUGAUGACUUAA